CAGGCGCAGUAAGAGCUGGCUGGGACGGAGAAGGAAGUGAGGCUAGCGUUUCGGGGCUUGAGCCGUCUGCGAUCCUGGCAGGAGCCGGGCAGUUGCUUUUCGAAGGGCGUUGUUGGGGAGAAGUGCUGCCUACGGCGUUCCUCCGCUUUACCAACGGCCUGGUGACUAGUUGUUUAUUUGGAAGUUUGGUUUUCCCUGCCUAUAGCCACCAUGAGCCCAGCUGAUACCAAGCGCUGUGGGACCAAGCGUCGGAAAAAUAAAAAAGGUGGUGGCCUUGGCCCAUCAAACCUAGCUGGAGUCUUCGAGGUCAAAUCUGUAGGACUAUCUUCUAAUAUUGCCCCUUCCUGCUCUUUUUCCUCUUCAACCCCAUCUACUUCUACUGUUGCCUUCUUGCAGACUCCCAGUACCAACACAGCUUCUUCUAGCACUGAAAAUGGUCUUCUGGCAGUAGCUGCCACAGCUCCCAACUUGAUUCCUAGUGAAAGAAUGAAGAAGGCCGAGUUUCAGAAAAAGCGCUGUGGAGGAACAAUUAAUUCUAGACAAACUCGUAAAAGAAAUAUAGUUAGUAACACAGGUCCUGAAACAGCUUCACAAGAACCAAUUGAUCUUGAAGUUAACACUUGUGAAGAAGUAGUUGAUCUGACUUGUGAAUCUUCAGAACCAAUAGUAGUUGAUCUGACACACAACGAUUCAGUUGUGAUUGUUGAAGAAAAUGUUUGUCAACAACAAAAUCAAGAAUUUAGAAAUCAACUUCCUGACAGCUGUAUAUUAAGCAGUGAUGAUGAUGAACCAAGAGAUGAAGUGAUUUUGACUAGCACCCUAACUAAAGAAUUGGAAUUAUUAGAGGAUGAUAUUCCAAGUUCACACCGUUCAGGUACUGUGAGUUGCCCAAUUUGCAUGGAUGGCUAUUCAGAGAUUAUUCAGAAUGGACGGCUUAUUGUUUCAACGAAAUGUGGUCAUGUCUUCUGUAGCCAGUGUCUUCGGGAUUCUCUAAGAAAUUCUAAUUCUUGCCCAACUUGUAGGAAGAAACUUGGCUACAAACAGUAUCAUCCAAUUUAUAUAUGAAACUUAGAUCCUUCUACAAAGUAUCUAUAAUGUACUCUUCUGAAUGCUUCAUAUACAUAUAUUUUCAGCAACAAUAGAAUAUUAUAAUUUCCCAGAUACAUCAGUUAAUGUGCAGACCAUGAUGGAGUUUCUUCAGUAUGUAAGCUUUUUUUAAAAAUUUGGUUAAUCACAUGAAGUUGGCUUUAUAGUCCACCAAAGUAUGUAGAUGUUUGAAGAACAGUUAGCUACAAUGGAUGCAAAAUUGUAUUGCCAUGCUGUUUUUGAAAAAUGACACUUCUACAAGAUACAUUUUUUACUUCAGAUGACAGGAUGAAAAUCUGUUUUAAUUUGCCCAAGAUACUACUCAUGCUUACGAUAAUGUAAUCAGCCUGCAUUUUUCUUUUUGCAUUUCAUUCUCAAAAAAUUUGAACUCACAUAUGUUUCCUGAUGAUAUUCUACCUUUUGCGUGAACUUCUGCAUUUCUAAGAAGACUAUAUUUUGUAGCCAAGGUGCACUACAUUUCUAACAUUAAAUGUUUAAAUAUUUCAUUUGGAGGCAUUUUUGGAAGACAGUAGUAGGACCAUAACUAGAAAAGCUUUGACUUUAAAGUAUAAUCAUAAAGAAAUAUUUUCUAUAUGCACCUAACUUAACAGAAGAAUAAAUUGAAACCUACUUCAUCAUCUCAGAACAAGGCAAAGAGAAACGCGAGUUCUGGCAUAAGAAGUUCAGAUAUUUGACAGAGUGAACAUAAUGAAAGCUGUCUUUCAGUAAAUACAUUUUCAUACUGGU